CCUCUCUUUUCAUCUCGUUGGUUUCCAUUUUUAUUUUUCCACUUUUGUUCGGACGCUCUCUUUUUCUUUUCUUUUUAAUUUUUUUUUCUGGAAAUAUUAUUUGCAUGUAAUGGCUUCUAAGGCUGAGCUUGGAUUCAGUCGGGGAACCGGGUUUAUGAAAAACUAAUGAGAUUGAGAUGUCGUGAUUUGGAGAAGGCGAAGACCGGAAUGCUCGGAUCUGCUGGGUCCUAAUAAUUUCAUUCAUGCAUCUCCACAGGCUGGAAUUAUGUUUUUCACACUGGUGCAUAUCGUGGGAAAAAAAAUUGAUCAGUCUUUCAGUUACAGAAUGAAAGAAAAGGAAAAAAGGGAAUUAGGGAAUUCAAUCCUUACCAUCCAAAAUCUCUGGUUCAGAAGCAACCCUUGAUUCUGAGUUCAUAUGAGCUUUGGAUCAAGCAAGUCAUAUACAAGAAGUUUGUCAUCCUGUUUUCUUUCAUCUAAGUAUUCCUUGUAGACAUAGAAUCUCCUUAAUGGGGUGAGAGGUGGGGUGAGAGGUGGGGCGAGAUGGUUUUACAUUGCAAAUCUUCAAGGAGAUGGAGGAGACACGAGAAGAUGCAGGGCUGGAAGAAUCUGGGCCUUCUAAUGCUACUUGUUGGCCCUCAGGUUUUAUAGAAAAAUUUCAAUCAGUUUCUCUGUCCACUCAAGAAGAGAACCUGAACACAAAAGAACCAAAUAGCAACCAUGGGGGAGAUGAGUUGACAUCCCAGGCAGCUUCACAAAUUCUCUGGAUGACUGGAAUGCUUUCUGGAAUUAUUCCUAAUGGGUUUUACUCUGUCGUUCCGGAGAAAAAACUCAAGGAGCAUUUUGAUAGUAUUCCUACUCCGGAUGAACUUCAUGCCUCGGGUGUGGAGGGUCUUAGAGCUGAUAUUAUUCUUGUAGAUGCAGAGAAGGAUAAGAAGCUUUCCAUGCUAAAGCAACUGAUUGUGGCAUUAGUGAAAGGAUUGAAUUCAAAUCCAGCGGCAGUGAUUAAAAAGAUUGCUGGUGUAGUUUCUGAUUUUUAUAAACGACCAAAUUCAGAACUAAGUCCAGCGAAAGCUGCAAUUGAGGACAUCUCUCAUGUCUCAGAGAAUCGAGGUGUCCAGCUGUUGGGACAAAUAAGGCAUGGUUCAUGUCGACCUCGUGCAAUCCUAUUUAAAGUUCUUGCAGAUACUGUAGGUCUUGAGAGUAGGCUUGUUGUGGGUCUACCCAGUGAUGGUGCUAUUGAGCAUGCAGACUCAUGUAAGCAUAUGUCAGUCAUAGUUGUGUUGAACUCAGUGGAACUGCUAGUUGAUCUUAUGCGGUUUCCAGGGCAACUAAUACCAUGUUCAACCAAGGCAAUCGUCAUGUCCCAUGUUUCUGCUGCAGGGGAGAGUGAUUCUGCAGAGAAUGACUCCUGUGAUUCACCCCUUGAACCAAACAGUCCUCUAUAUGGAUUUUCAGAUAGAGUGGAUUCUGAAAGCAUGGAGCAAGAUGAGAGCCUUCAAACUAUAUAUCAGCGAAAGUUAGAAGCUUCUUUGAAUGUAGCAGGUCCUUCAUUGCGGAAUGUAAUGUUGCAACCAGCUAUUGAGAGAAAGCUCAGUGUAUCACAUAGUGAACCUAACAUUGCAAACACCUUUUGGCGACGCAGCCGGAGGAAAGCAAUUGCUGAACAACGGACAGCCAGUUCAAGUCCAGAACAUCCUUUAUUUCAAGCACGCGGAAGGUCCAUGCUUAGCGGUGAUAGACAAUCACAUAGGGAAUAUGCUGAUGAUAUGGCUGCAUCAAGGUCAGAUGGUGGAUCAAUAUCUGAGACUCGUAGAAUAAGAAGGCGAAGCAUCAGCAUUACUCCAGAGAUUGGUGAUGACAUCGCAAGGGCUGUGCGUGCAAUGAAUGAAACACUGAAGCAAAACCGCCUUUUGAAGGAACAAGGAGAUGAUGGAUUGCUUUCUCAGCAAAAUGCAUUAAAUUUUUGUCUGGAUGGCCAUAACGAGAGGUGCAGUGAAAGUUCUACUAUGUAUGAUAUGCAGAGGAAGAAAAUAAAUUCUCAGAAGGCAACAUCAUUACCUUCAUCUCCUCAUGGAUUCAGGAUGCAGACUUCUGGAAGGAGUAUACCUUCAGACUAUGGAGGGAAUGCUGAAAUGGUCUCAACAUGGAAUAAAGUCCUUGAAUCUUCAACAAUCCUAAACAAGCCAUUACUACCUUUUGAAGAAUGGAACAUUGAUUUCUCAGAAUUAACUGUUGGAACUCGUGUUGGAAUUGGAUUCUUUGGAGAAGUUUUUCGUGGAAUAUGGAAUGGUACUGAUGUUGCAAUCAAGGUUUUCCUAGAGCAAGAUUUGACCACUGAAAACAUGGAGGAUUUCUGCAAUGAAAUAUCUAUUCUAAGCCGCCUUCGACACCCAAACGUUAUUUUGUUCCUUGGUGCAUGUACAAAGCCUCCACACCUAUCGAUGGUAACUGAAUACAUGGAGAUGGGAUCAUUGUAUUACUUGAUUCAUAUGAGUGGCCACAAAAAGAAACUCAGCUGGCGCAGAAGAUUAAAAAUGCUGCGUGAUAUAUGCAGGGGAUUGAUGUGCAUACACCGGAUGAAAAUAGUUCAUCGUGAUCUCAAAAGUGCUAAUUGCCUUGUGAACAAGCACUGGACGGUCAAGAUCUGUGAUUUCGGACUAUCACGAGUAAUGACGGAGAGUCCCAUGAGAGAUUCCUCUUCUGCAGGAACUCCAGAAUGGAUGGCUCCUGAGCUCAUCCGCAAUGAACCUUUCACAGAGAAAUGUGAUGUGUUCAGUCUGGGUGUGAUAAUGUGGGAACUCUGCACUCUAAACAGACCAUGGGAAGGUGUACCAGCAGUGCAAGUAGUCUAUGCAGUUGCUAACGAGGGAUCGCGGCUAGAAAUUCCUGAAGGUCCCCUGGGCAAGUUGAUUGCAGAUUGUUGGGCAGAACCGGAUGAACGACCAAGCUGUGAAGAGAUACUCUCGCGCUUGCUCGACUGUGAAUACACACUCUGCUGAUUCAGUUUUUAUUGUAUAGAAAACAGUGUAGAGGUUUUCAACUUUUGUCAGCUUAAGUUGUAAAAAUAGUCAAUGCUUUUAUUAUUUUCAAAAACAAAACAAAACAAAUUAUUGAUCAUCUCGAGUUACAAGUAAAUUUUUUUCA